AGGGUAUAAAACCAUCCACCUGGAACAGAGCGGCCCCGUUCGGAGCUCACCAUGGAUCGCUGGAUCGUCCUGAGCUUUGCCUUCGCCUUCUGCCUGGAGGCAGCAGGGGCUGCAAAGCUGGGCGUCGUAAACACGGAAGGCGGGUUUGUGGAAGGCGUCAACAAAAAGCUGAGCCUUUUGGGAGAUUAUAUGGAUAUCUUCAAAGGAAUCCCGUUUGCUGCACCAACAAAGACCUUGGAAGACCCCCAGCCCCAUCCAGGCUGGUCAGGCACCCUGAAGGCUAAGGAAUACAAAAGACGUUGCAUGCAGACCACCCUCACCCAGACAGAUGUGCGUGGCUCUGAAGAUUGUCUCUAUCUGAACAUCUGGGUCCCUCAAGGGAAGAAACAAGUCUCCACCAACCUGCCGGUGAUGAUCUGGAUUUACGGAGGAGCCUUCAUCUGGGGAGGUGGACAAGGUCCCAACUUCCUGAACAACUAUUUGUACGAUGGAGAGGAAAUUGCCAGCCGUGGGAAGGUUAUUGUGGUGACCCUGAACUACCGGCUUGGGCCCUUGGGUUUCCUAAGCACUGGUGAUGCUGCUCUUCCAGGCAAUUAUGGCCUCAAAGAUCAACACAUGGCCAUCGCUUGGGUCAAGAGAAACAUCAAAAACUUUGGGGGAGACCCUGACAACAUCACAAUCUUUGGAGAGUCCGCCGGCGCCGUCAGCGUCUCCUUACAGACGCUGUCGCCAAAGAACAAAGGUUUGAUCAAACGGGCCAUCAGCCAGAGUGGAGUCGGUCUGUGCUCUUGGGCCAUUCAAAAAGACCCCCUUUACUGGGCUAUCAAGGUUGCGCAGAAAGUGGGCUGUCCGACUGACAACACGACCGUCCUGGCCAACUGCCUCCGAGUUACUGAUCCGAAAGCGCUGACCCUUGCUUAUCACUUGGACGUUAUCAACUUGCCCUACCCCCUGGUUCACUACCUCGCCUUCACCCCGGUGGUGGACGGGGACUUCAUCCCCGAUCUCCCAGAGAACCUCUUCGCCAACGCAGCAGACAUCGACUACCUCCUCGGGGUCAACAACAUGGACGGGCAUUUCUUCGCCGGCAUCGACAUGCCAGCCCUUAACCGCCCGCUGGUGAAGGUCACCCCGGAAGAAGUGUAUCACCUGGUUCAGGGGCUGACCAUGGAGAAGGGGGUUGCAGGAGCAGACGCCACCUACGCUUUGUACACGCAGAUGUGGGGUGGCACGACGGACCAGGAAAUCAUAAAACGAACUGUGGUGGAUCUGGAGACCGACUACAUAUUCCUGGUUCCCACCCAGCAGGCCCUUCAGCUGCAUCAAGAAAACGCCCAGACUGGCAGGACCUACAGCUACCUCUUCUCUGAGCUCUCGCGAAUGCCAGUCUAUCCCAGUUGGGUAGGGGCGGAUCACGCCGACGACCUUCAGUACGUCUUCGGGAAACCUUUCGCCACACCCUUGGGCUACAAGCCACGACACAGGACUGUUUCGCAGGCCAUGAUUGCGUACUGGACAAACUUCGCCAGAACUGGCGACCCCAACAAAGGAGAGUCCAAAGUUCCCAUUGGCUGGGUGCCUUACAGUAAUGAAAACACCUUUUACCUUGAGAUCAACCACAAUAUCAACUAUGAGUCGGUGAAGCAAGCCCUACGUGCUCCGUAUGUUAAUUUCUGGAGCGUCGCCUACCAGAGUCUCCCCGACGUUGGCAUUGCAGUGGAGCUAGAAUGAAACCAGCAUAGGAACUGAGUCUCUGCUCUUUGUACAAAAAAGCAAGGAUCCAAUAAACAGAUUUCACUCUCUGGG